AUGGAGGAAAUAACGUUUAGUAAAAAUCAAAAAGGCAAAGACACAGUGCUAGUUGGAUUGCACAGGUAUAAUAGAAAUGGUUCAAACAUUAACGGCACCACUCUGUGGAGAUGCGUGAACCGAGACGAAUGUGCGGCGUCAAUCACGAUAAAUAGUGAAGGGACGAGGGUUAUAAGAAAGAGUACGCAUCUUUGCGAGGCGAGGACAUCUAAAAACGCAAUACACCUAGCGAAACAAGAUUUUAAAAGUAAUGUAUGCACUCGCUACUCUCCUGUGCGUAAGAUAUAUGAGGAGUGUUUUAGUGCAUUACAUGAGGCGGAUGACGACAGUGAUUCCGAUUCCAACACAACACACGUGCCUACGUUUGACUCACUAAAGCGGUCAAUGUAUAGGGCUCGCAAUAAUGUACUUAAUGUUACAUCGACAAAAUUCGACAACCUGUCAGAUGUAGAAAUACCAGAUAUUCUGAAAGAUAAAUUUUUGAUUAGUGAAGAUGGAGACACAAAUAAGUUACUCAUUUUUAGUACCGAACUUUCUUUGAAGACUAUGAAAAAUGCCCUCGUUUCAAGCAAAACAACCUUCUUUGGUGAUGGUACUUUUGACGUUGUGCCUUCUCCCUUCUAUCAACUGUACAGUAUUCACAUGGAUAUAGAGAGCACCAAUGAACAUACUUGCGUAGUACCAGUGGUAUACGCUCUUCUCCCUGACAAAAGCACUGAAACAUAUUUACGUGUCUUCUCUACACUAAGAGAUAAAUUUAACAUAGUAAUUAAUAAAUUCAAGUGCGAUUACGAGAAGGCACAGAUUAACGCUAUGAGAAUGGUCUUCCCAGAAUGUGAAAUAACAGGUUGUUUUUUUCAUUUCCAAAGAGCUAUAUGGAGAAAAGCAAAGCAGCUCAAUCUUUGUGAUAAAAUGGAGGGAAGGAAAUUAGCUCGCUUAACUUCCAAUUUGCCACUUUUGCCCAAAGAUUUGAUUUCUGCUGGUUGGAAUGAUAUCGUGAAUUCCAAUUCUGAAAAAAGUUCAGAAAUCGAAAAUUUUGAACAUUAUUUUGUCAAAGAAUGGCUGUCAAAAUCAUUACAGGCUGAUAUAAGUUGUUCUAGUGAUAGACACAGAACUAACAACUCUGUCGAGGCUUGGCACAGUCGUAUCAAGAAGAGGAUGCACGGCACGAAGCGAAAUUUAUUCAAAUUUAUAGAUUUAUUACGAAAAGAGGCAAAACACAAAGAUUACGUAAUAAAGAGAAGUUUAUUUGACCGUAAUAAGAGAAAAAGGAGUGUGAUUUUAUUCAAUAAAAAGUAUACUGAAAAAUUACACGACGUAAUUGAGAAAAAUAUUACGCCACUGCAGUUUCUUCAAGGCUGCAUAAAAUUACAGAAACAGUGUAAAUAA